UGCUGUCCCGGCUUCCCGAAUCCCCUGUUCAACAUGCGACACAGAUCUCAGUCCUAACCAUUCCUACCAUAAUAGUCUCCUCUCCCUUGACGACUUCAUCAAUCUUCCUCUCGAAUUAAAUCCACGCCUACAAGAUGGACGACACAUCGCCACCCGAGAGCAUCGAUCAAACGAAGGAGAAGAAGAAGAGCAGAAGACCCGCGAAUACGGCGUUUCGCCAACAACGUUUGAAAGCAUGGCAACCAAUUCUUACUCCCAAAACCGUCAUCCCACUCUUCUUCGUCAUAGGUAUCAUAUGUGCGCCCGUUGGUGGGCUGUUGAUCUAUGCUAGCUCUACAGUCAAGGAAUUGCGCAUCGACUAUACGAAUUGUUUCCGCGAUGCGCCUACCGCCGAUCUUGCUUUGAUGGAUGAUAGUCUAGUCUUCCCAUCUUUCAAAACCAACAACACCAUCAAUGCCAUGUGGCAGCGUACCGAGCGGGUUAAUUAUACUUAUGGCACCCACACAGUUCAGAACCUCACGAUGUGCACUCUUCAGUUUGAAAUACCCGAGGAGAUGUCUCCACCUGUACUUCUCUACUACCGCCUCGAGAACUUCUACCAGAACCAUCGUCGUUAUGUUGCUUCAUUCUUCGACAAACAGCUCGCAGGAGAUGAUGUCUCGCUUGCUGAUGUCGAAGCAUCUGGUUGCGACCCUCUAGCUAGCUCGAACUCGAAAGCCUUCUACCCUUGCGGCCUCAUUGCUAAUUCUGUGUUCAACGACACUAUCAUGAGUCCUGUCUUCUUGAACCCGCCCACGUCAGACGGCAACUUAACCUACGAGAUGAAGAACACUUCGAUUGCCUGGGAGUCCGACAAGGAGUUAUACAAGCCGAGGGUGAGCACUAACUUGGACAACAUUCUCCCGCCGCCGAACUGGCAGAUUCGAUAUCCUAACGGCACAUACACUACCGACAAUCCCCCUCCGAACUUGCACGACGACGAGCAUUUCAUCGUCUGGAUGCGGACAGCAGGUCUGCCAACCUUCAGCAAGCUCUGGGGGCGCAACGAUACAAGCGCUAUGCAGAUUGGAACCUACUCUAUGGAGAUCAUUGACAAUUUCCGAACAGACCAGUACCAGGGCAAGAAGAGUAUCGUGAUCACCACCCUAUCCGUGAUGGGCGGCAAGAACAACUUCCUAGGAAUCCUCUGGCUCGUCGUCGGCGGGUUCUGCAUCGCCCUCGCCCUACUCUUCCUCAUCACGAACCUCAUCAAGCCCCGUAAGCUGGGCGACCACACCUACCUGUCCUGGAACAACGCCCCGUCGUCCGCGGCCGCGAAAGGCAAAGGCAAGGCGUCCGGCCCCACCAUCGGCAUGGCGACCGGUCGCGAUUUGUCGUAGGGCACGAAUCUGCGCGGUUCUCGACUUGCGCGGAGCGCGGCGAGUCACGUUGGAUUAGACGGGUCGGCGGCGGCGAAGAGGGAAAGGGAGCUGAAAGAGCUGCGGGUUUGGCCUAGACCUAAUCAUACCGGAGACGAGGAUACGUUCAGAGAAGGCAUGUUCCCGUCGACAUCGUCGCUUCGACCCCCUCCGCAGUCCCAGAGGCACCAAACCCAA